AUGCUCGAAUGCGACGAUAACGCCUAUCCAACAUGGAGGAUGAGACGUGGCGGAAGCACCGGUUUGCUUGUUGUUGUUGUUUUGGACAUCGUGACAGCCUGGAACUCCGCACUCCCCGCGCAAGAACGGUGUCUCAUCAAGUACGACUUCGAAGAACUCGAUGGCAUUGGGUGCGGACGUGUCUUCAACAACGCCGCGAGUCUCCACAUCCAGGCGCUGGAUACCAACGCUUACAGCAUUUGGGACGGCCCGAACAUCGCCUACCUGACCUCCGAGUUUGGAUUCCUUUCGACCAUGCAAUCCGAAUUCCUUUCGACCAUGCAAUCCGACCUGCGUGGCAUUGACAGUGAUAAGAUGCGCAGAUAUCAUCCGAAUGCGCCAAAGGAUAUGUCUCAAUGGUCGGCCUUGAGCGCUGAUCUCGCGUUCCUCGCUGGGCCGCUCCAAGUCAUCGGCUCGGAAUAUACCGAGCUAGAUGGGACCGAGCACAUUGACCGCAGCACGGGAUAUAACGGAGAGAUGGCAUUCCCAUUGCUAUUAUCAGCUGUCCCUGAGUUGGACGACCCAUCCGACGCGGUAGCCUGCAACGCUCUUCUCGCUCGGCUGCAGGUUUCAGAACACCUUCGCGGAUACUACGGAAUCAGAAGGAUCUCGUUAGCAGAUGAAGACGCGGUCAUGGCGUUUCUCGUCAGGCUGUUCGAAUGGGAUAGACGAUUCUUCCGCGGGUGGUUCAGUCUCGAAAACGAUGCGCAAAGACAGACCUUAAUGAGACUGCAUCAGGCGCUGAAAGACGACAAUAUUGUCGAGCUGAUCGAUGAGGGGAACGACGGGCCGGAAUGUGGUGGGGUGGAUGAUGUUCCAGAAUUUGCAUGA